AAACCGAGAGGAGUGUAUAAUCAUUUGUUAAAUAAGAUUAAUAAAUUCCUCAUACGAAGAGAAAAUAAUACUAAUUGAAAAAGUGAAACGAAUAAAAUUUAUCGUUAACUACACACCGACAAAAUGAGCAAUAUAAUGAAAAUGUUAAUGAGCGGCGCUGCAAUUGUGGCGACCGUCAUGGUAGGAUAUAAAGUUAUUAAAUCUACGAUGAAAAAGAAUCUUCCCUUCCGCAAACAAGCAAGUGAAAAAAUACAACAAGGAAUAUGGCGCGAUAAUGACAUAGCUUAUCCUACUUUACAUAGUCCGCAUUGGAAAAAAAUUGGUAAAGUAAAUGGUUUACGAAUAAAUUCACUAAAAUCGGGUACAGGGGCACUGAUUUGUGAUUCGUCGGAUUUUCGUGAUUACGGAAUGUGUACACGGGUAUUCGAGACAUACUUUUGGGACGGAAUGUUCUUAAUAUACAACAAAACAAAAGGUAAAUUCGAAGAUGGCCGAACAUAUUCUUUAUUGCAAAAAAUAAGGACGAGAAUAAGAAGCACUGACUACUUCGUGCUUACUAGCCACAAAAUGGGCAAUCAAGUAGACUUUAAUACAAAGCAAUCUCGUAAUCGUUCCAAUCGUUUCAUGAAGGAGACAUGGACUGGAACUUCAAAAGCAUUUUAUGGUUCAAAUCAAGACAUUAAUACAUGGUUAAAAGACAACUUAGAAGCUAAUGAGAUAAACGGGGCUGAUGAAGAUAUAAUUUUGACACAAACCAUUCCGUAUGAUUGGGAUUCGACACAAGAAAUAAAAGACAAUUGGUUUCGCUUUGUUGAAGGGUAUAAAUCUGUUGAAAAAGAUGAAACGGGAAAAUUCAUAACUUUACCACGUUUUGUAUUAAUAACAAUGAAAACGGAUACAGAAUUAAGCAUGAAAAAUAUAAUUACAAGGCCAAAUAUUAUCGUUGACACUGGCAAAGAAUCGAUAAGUAUUUUUGAAGAGGAAAGCUGGGAUUGGAUAAAAAUCGGUAACGAUGUAAUUCUCAGAAAUGUCAAACCAGUUCCGAGCCAUGAGAGAGAGUUCCCACAUUUUGGAAUAUAUUGUGGUUUAUGGUCUGGUGGAAACGUCAAGCUGGACGAUGAAGUAUUUAUUUACUCUCCUGAUAUAUAGCAGGUGUAAAACUAAUAUUCUUCAAACAUUUGACGUUUACUUGUCUUAAUAGUUUAAUGUUAAGGUUAAUUUCACUUUAUUGAUAGAGAUAAGUAUAGAUAAAUCGCUUGAGUGUUUUGCAUUUUAAUGACGAUUUUAUUGACGGAUUAUCUUUUAUCUAUAGUUAUCUAUAGAUAUACUUUUAUAUAUAGAACACUCUGAUAUUUUUAUAAAAAUAUGUUUUACUUGCUUGCAAAACAUUUUCCUUAGUGCUAGAUAUAUAAUUUAUCAUUUGUGAUUGAAUUUGAGACGGAUAUUAUAUAUAUGAUUUUGUGUAGUAAAUAAUAUUUGUAAAUUUAACACAUGUACAAAUUAUUCAUGUAUAGAUGUGUUUAUAACAUUAUACAUGGCAUAUUACGUGGCAUUGGUUACAGAACUAAAUUAGCCAAAAAUGUUGAAAAGUUGAUUUUAUUAUUUAUUUUGUGAUAUCGAUAUAUGAAAUUGAAAUAUGUACAAAAUAAAUAAUAAUAAAAAUAUAUGAUUUUUAUAAUCACCAACAAAUAUAAACGUUAUACGUACGUGCAUUGCACUUUUAUUUGUGAAUAUUAUAAAUACAAUCAUAUAUAAAGUGUCAGUUUAAAUUUGGUAUCAAAAAAACUGAAAAAUUAUAGCU